AGAUGUAGGGGUCUGAAGUGGACUUAUCUUGCAUAUCUAUCUACAAUGACCUCCGGCGGCUAUAUAUUUCUUGGACCAGAUCAUAACCCUUACGGCCUCCUGCCACCGUUUUCUUGACAAUUUCUUGAUCUUCCUGUCGCCCGGAAUUUUUGGUCUACUAAGAGCGGGGUCGACAGCUAGAUGACCAUAGGAAAUCAAUCUGGGUAAACAAAUUUCCACGAUAGUUUAUCCACAUCAACUUCUUCGUGAUACUCCAGUUGUUCCAAUUCUUCAAAGCGUGUCUUAUAUACCUUUAGCUAGAGUUCAGUUCAGAAACAUCAAAUUAUUGGAUAGCUCAAGCCUAGCUCAAGCAUCAUGGGAAACACCAUAUCAUACAAAGUUGAGGAACAUCAGCUUGAUCUCGGUGACGGAAAGGGAUCCAUCACAGGACUUCAAUAUGAUUCGAAGGCACGGCGGUAUGCCGGCAUACCAUAUGCAUUACCUCCCGUAGGAAAUCUGCGCUGGCGAAAGCCCCAGCCACUUCCUGCCGAUUAUACCUAUGCAUCACAUGACGGUAAACCAUUCGACGCAACAAAUUUUGGACCAAUUUGUCCACAGGCCGCUUAUAUAACAGCCAAGAAAAAUGAAGGCCCUGAAGAGGCAUUUGGUGAAGAUUGCUUGAGAGUUAAUAUCUGGACACCAGUUAAAUCAACUGAUGGGAAGAAAUGGCCAGUCAUGCUAUGGCUUCAUGGAGGGUGGUUUCAAAUGGGCGACCCAUCACAUGAGGCGGUAAUGAAUCCCACCGAACUCAUAUCAACAGGGAAGUUGAACGCCAUUGUGGUAGCUAUAGGGUACAGAUUGAACCUAUUUGGCUUUCUCGCUGGUGAUGCCUUGCAAGCAGAAAACGACAAUGCCGAAGCAGGUAACUAUGGUUUGUGGGACCAAAGACUAGCUAUCGAUUGGGUUCGAGAGAACAUAGCGCAAUUUGGAGGUGAUGUAGAGAAUAUUACCCUAGCAGGGAGAAGCGCAGGCGCGUACGCCGUGCAUGCGAACGCUAUGUAUGAGUUUCAGAAUCCAGGGUUUCAAGCUACCUCUCCGUCGUUCCAUCGCAUUGUCAUGAUGUCCAACGCCAUUCCAGCACAACCGAAGACACUUGCCGAAUGCCAAGAGCAAUUUGAUGAACUUUGCCAGUUCUUUAGCAUUUCAAAAGACUCCAGUGGUGUCGAGAAACUAGCCGCACUGCGCCAAAUAGGAUCAAAAGAACUGGUAGACGCCAUUAUGAAAUUAAAGCACCACACAUUCCGCCCGGUAACGGACUCGUCAUUCAUCCAGCCCGGCAUGAUAGACUAUCAUCGCACUGGCGCAUUCGCAAAAGAAUUCAAACGCCGAAACUUCAAGAUACUCAUCGGCGAAAUGUUAAAUGAAGAAACACUAUAUGCUGCAACUAAUGGUCCUGAGGCAAACGAAGACUCUCUUCGUCUACAGGUAUCCAAUUACUACGCGCCUGCAACAACGUCUCGCGUAUUACAACACUACAAGCUUCCAACCACGGAGGAGAAGGAUGACUGGACCGCCUUAUAUGGUCAUAUCAUCUCCGAUGGCCAAGUACGUGCACCAACUCGGUUCCUGGUAAACAGCCUCCAUUCAAAUGGUGUGGGAGUUGAGAAUAUUUGGCGAUAUAAGAUUUCGUAUCGGCUAUCAUUCAUAACAGACGCCGUAGCACCAAGGAGCUUUGGUGUAGCUCACGCGAUGGAUAAGCCACUCUGGAAGUGAGUCCCCUUGAUCGAGAAGUGUAAAUAUAGGAUUUGACUAACUUUCUCUUCGCACAAAUAGUUUUUCGAUAAUGCACGGCCCAACUGAGCAAGAACUUGUGCUGAUGAAAGAUUGGAUCCGUGACUUGGUCGCAUUUGUUGGUGCUGAGGAUGAGUAUCAAUAUGGUACGAAGGAGAUUGAUGAAUUCAAAGUUGCUACGCCAGAGGCGAAGAUCGAGAUCCAGAAGGACACAAGAUGGAAGGAGCUUUUGGAACUUGCUGAUACAUUUUCUGGGUAAGAAGAAAGGCUUGUUGAAGCGAUUUAGAUACAAUCUCAAGUUUACCAACAUUCAACGGACAAGUAAAGGGUGAUGGAGAUAUAGCUGCAAAUUUUGACCCGAGAAUCAUGAAAUACUCUCUCUAAACGCGAACUUGGCUUUUCGGGACGACAGGGUUUUGUGAACUUUUUCCCUGGCAUUUCAGGUUUCGUCUUGUGAUUUAAUA